CUUUAAUACCACAAGGCACAACAGAUUAUUAUGUCUGUCAUUUUUUCUUAGUGAAGCUCAGCAAUGGCAGAGGUAGACGCCGCCUUUAUCCAACUCUCCGAGCACAGGCCCGAACCCCACCGCACGAUCGAAGCCCAAAACAUACCCUUAAUCGACCUUUCGUGCCCCGCCGUUGGCCCAUCUGGCCUGAUUUCCCAGAUAGGCGACGCCUGCCGCGACUGGGGAUUUUUCCAGGUCAUCAACCACGGCGUUCCGGCCGAGCGCCGCCGAAAUGUCGAGUUGGCCGCUCGGAAAUUCUUCUCCCUGCCUAAAGAAGAGAAGAAUAAAGUCGCCCGGGAUAGGGCAAACCCGUUUGGGUAUUAUGACAGCGAGCACACUAAGAAUGUUAGGGAUUGGAAGGAAGUUUUCGAUUUUGCGGUCGAAAAUCCGGUUAUUGCUCCGACAUUGCGCGAACCGGAUCGUUUGGAGCUGAGAGAGUUGUUCAAUAAGUGGCCUCAGGGUACCCCUGAAUUGAGGAAAGCAUGUGAAUUGCACGUAAUCGAGAUGGAGAAACUAGCUUUCAAGCUACUUGGGCUGAUAGCCUUGAGCUUGGGCUUGCCCGAGGACCGAUUUAACAGAUUCUUCAAGGACCAAACGAGCCGCGUGAGGCUCAACCACUACCCGCCUUGCCCUUCUCCCCAUCUAACUCUUGGCGUUGGUCGGCACAAGGAUACAGGUGUCCUAACCAUUCUUGCCCAGGAUAAUGUCCCGGGACUUCAAGUGAAGAGGAAAACCGAUGGAGAGUGGGUUCUCGUACAGCCUACUCCCGAUGCUUUCAUCAUCAAUGUUGGUGAUAUAAUCCAGGUUUGGAGUAAUGACAAGUAUGAGAGCGUUGAACACAGGGCAGUGGUGAAUUCGGAAAAGGAGAGGCUUUCAAUUCCGUAUUUCUUGUAUCCCGCGCAUUACACGUGGGUGGAGCCCGUGGAGGAGCUUGUAGACGAGCAAAACCCGGCUAGGUUCAAAGGGUAUAAUUGGGGGAAGUUCCGGGCCACGCGAAACUAUGGUAAUCUGAGGAAGCUUGAUGUGGAGAAUAUUCAGAUAUCACAUUUUAGGAUAUGAAGAGAGCAUGUGAGUUUGAGAGAGCUAUGUGCUGUAUGUAUAAUAAGUUAGUAGUACAGAUUGUAAUGGCUAGGUUGACAUGUUUUGAAUUUUAAUAAGUUCUUAGUACAGAUUAUAAUGCCUACAUUGACAUGUUUUGAAUUGAAUUAGUCUGAAUUCGGAUUUGCUAUGGUACAACUUCAUUAAUGCAGCAGCCAUUUUCCCCACAGUUUGCAGAAAGUAUUGAUCACUGGGGUAGGAAAAUUAUGAAUGACCACUAAUGUUUGAUAGGGAUCAUUGCAGUUUUUCUCCAAAUAUGAAGUCUGUAAAUUUUUUCUAUGGAGUACAAAAGAUGGGAAGUGGAAGCUGUUUUUGUA